UUAUAAUUAGUAAAUUAGUCCCAUAAUUGAUUAUUCAACAUAAGUAAUAUAAAUGAUUACAUAAAGACAUUUUAAAUAAUUGAUGUCAAAUAAAUGCUUAGUUAGAAUCGAGCGCCGUCACUGGAACGUCCAGAGUAGCUCGUAAAAAGUGAAUCGUUUCUCAUGAUUGGUUGUGCGCUAUUAGGUUUUCUUUCAGUUUUGUGUUUAUUUUUGUUUUUAGAAGCUUGUCGGUUUUUAAUGUGAAGUGGUAAAAAUAGUGAAUUGAAAAUGUGGCAUAAAAUCAUUUAUAUGAUAAUGAUUAUCAUCGUAACGUACAUAUUAAAACAAUUGUUUUCGGAAACACCGAAUUUCGUCAAAUUUAAAUCGAAAUUCCUUGUGUUUUAUAUUUGGACUUCAGUAACAGCAGUGAUACUAUUGCCGUUUUUUGUGUUUAACCCGAAAAACGUUAAGAAUUCCCUAUUCGGAUCACAAAUAGUGAAGCAUGUUACCAAAGUUAUAGAAGUGAAAUGGCUGCUGAGAAAUGGGAGAGUGUUAGCUGAGGAUCGGGGAGCCGUUGUGGUAUCAAACCACCAGUCAUCAAUAGAUAUUCUUGGAAUGUUCAACAUUUGGCAUGUAGCAGAUAAAGUGGCUGCUAUUGCAAGAAAAGAGAUAUUCUACGUAUGGCCGUUUGGACUGGCGGCGUACCUCGCGGGAGUUGUAUUCAUUGACAGAAAUAACUCGAAAGACGCGUACAAACAACUGAAAGUUACCUCAGAAGUUAUGAUUAAAAAUAAGACGAAGAUAUGGUUGUUCCCCGAGGGAACGAGAAAUAAAGAUUUCACAAAACUGCUGCCAUUUAAGAAGGGCGCGUUCAACAUAGCGGUUGCUGCCCAAGUGCCAAUCAUACCUGUUGUAUUCUCGCCCUAUUAUUUUAUAAAUCGGAAGAAAAAUAUAUUCAACAAAGGCCAUGCAGUCAUCCAGUGUUUAGACCCUGUACCUACAGUUGGAUUAACCAUGGAUGACGUACCAGAUCUAAUAACCAAAGUGCGCAACACUAUGGACGCUGCCUACAAGGAACUGUCGAAAGAGGUGUUGAGCGCCUUACCACCUAACUACCCCCUUGCCACCGAAGAUUGAACGCACCAGUGCCAACAACGGUACCACCUAAACUUAUAAUCACUAUAUUAAGCUUCUAGGUCAGCAUAACAGCUGGUGAUAAAUGUUUGUAUAUCAACCUAUAGGGCAUUCCAAUCGCAAGAAAUAUAAAUAUUUCUGUGAUUCUAAGUUAGAAUUUUUUUAUCUCAUCUUACUAAUCUAUGUAUAAUUAAGGCACAAUUUUGUGUAACGAUCGUUUUACAGACAACAUUGACUAGUGAAGUGACUUACUAGAUUUCAAUUUAUCGAUAACGUUACAAAUAGAGCAAGUCGGAAAUCUGAUACUCUUAGCCACGCCGAAAUGAUAGAUAUGUUUAAUUUAUGUAACGCUUAUGCAUUAUGAAGUAUUAUUUUUAUAAAAAUUAUAUUAGUUGUAUGUUUUCUUAUCUAACUGCGAUGUCACUUAUAAAGUGUCUGAGUUUACUAUGGUGAACAUCCACAGCAAACACGACCUCAGGCUAGAAAGUCAAUAUGUAUGAUAACUCUGUGUUAAAAAAAAACAAUCUUAAGAAAAUGAAGUUAAUUAACAAACAGCUGCUGAUUUGAUUACGACAGACUCAUACACGGCCAUGUUUUAUACUUUGUUGACCUUUUUGUAUUCAAAUCACUCAUGCUGUAUAGUUGGUUGUUUCUGCGCCAGCGCAGUGUGGAAUUUUAAUCACUUGUUAGGCAACACUGCACAUUAAGUUGACUGAAGCUAUUACCAUUUCAGUAUUUGAACGGUGUUCUACUUAUGAACUACUUUUUUUAUUGUUUAUUUAGUUAUAUGUGCCGAAGAUUUGUUAUGUUCAGAAAAAUUGUUUUUAAAAUUCGUCCUUAACAUUAAAGCGCACAAUUACAUCACUGAAUUUCAUUAUACAAAAUUAAAUGUAAAAAAAAAACAGCGAGAUAUAGGUUUUUUUUAAAUAUUACUAUUACAUUCUAUUUGGUGCAAUAUUUUUUUUUAAUAUAUUGAGAACUAUUACGAUCUCUUUUAUUAAAUUUUUAAGUCGAUUACUGACGAUUUUUGGUGCCAUUCUGUUUUGUUUACGGAAGCAUGAUAUUAUUAUUUAACUGAGUAACUUAUCUAGUACCAGACAGCACAGUUUAUUCUGAUGAUUCUCGUAUUAUGCCAUAAUGUAUGUUUUGCAACAUUUAAUUAUUACUUUAGUUCUUCACUUAGCUUUACAAUGUAUUGAAAACGCGAUAUAACGUCGAUAUUUUCUAUGCGACAGUAAGUUUUAGUUUUAUUUUAACAUGUACUCAAUAGCUUUUUAGAUCUGUAGCAGUAUUAUCGUUUUAAUGUGUUUUCUUCCUUUAUCACAUUCAAUAUCAAUUUUUUCAUCUUUUAUAUGAUACAUAUUAUUGCAAUCAAAUAGUCACACUUGGUGUCAUAAAAAGUCAUUCAACUUUAAUCGUUUGUUUAGAUAUUAUAAUUAAAAAAUAAACUUUCUAAUUUGACGCCAACACUAGAUGCAAUAAUUUCGUAAGUUCUCAUUUUUUAUCAUUGCAUUCUUUUCAGCUUAGUUUUUAAAAUUAUUUCAUGAUGAUGAAACUUUUUAAUUUUCCUUAAACAUUCUAGUCAUGUUAACGACUAAAGGCUCAUUAGGACGAAACGAAAAAUACCGUGCGAGUUACUUUACAUUGCCUGCUGAUACAAUCAUGUUUCACCCCCCUCUAGCAAUCAGUAUUUGACAAUGGUUAAGGAAAAUUGAUAUAAAACGGUCGGGUGUAUAAGAUGACAGAUCAAAGUCACAUGACUUGUCGAAACGAAAAUGUGAUUUCCAAUUCCAGCAUUUAAUAUCGAUGACGCUACUAAUUGUGAUGUCACUCGAAUAAAGGGGCAGUACCUGUUGACGAGUUAUAUUUCUCUUAACGCUAAUGUUCACAAAUCCCUGUAUUUAUUGAACUAAAAAGUCCAAGUCCAACGGUUCAUUGCAGUUCCGUUCUGAUCUGCGCACACCUACAAUGUAUGGCAACUCACACAAUAUUUUUUCCCAGUCUAAAUAAGCCUUAACUGCGAACUACUGUGGAGUAAUCACUAUGUUUUAAGCGUACCUCAUUGAUAACACAACGAGAACAUGUGAUAAAUCACUCGAACACAAGCACGUAUCAUAUUUUAAACUAAACGUUGUAAUCAUUCGUAAAUUCUUAAAGCAGUACCAACUACCAUACAUUUACAAAAACAAGGUAAACUUUCGAUUAACGACUUGUGGAAUCUAACGGUAAGAGCACAUUCGCACGUUUCGUUUGUUGCGUCAGAUAUUUAUUAUGUUGUGACGUAAUGAUGUAUCAUGGAAAACCACGAACUAUUAUAGGUCUAAGUGACGUCAUAUUUGUUUUAUGGAUUCCUUAAAGCUUGUCACGACAUCGUAUCGUAGACUAUUCACAGCAUUCGUAUCGAUAGUUUAAAAACCUUUGUCGUAGAAAGAUCUUAGGACUUAACUUGCAAAUGUGUAUUAGAUAUUUUUAUUCAAUAAAUAUCUUAUUCUGAUAGAAUAUAAACUAAUAAAAUACGAAUUCUCAUAAACAAAAGUUACCCAGAAAAUGAAUAGUUGAAUUUUAUAUUGAAAACAUUGUUUAGUCUAAAAAUCUGUGCCAUUUAAAAUUGUAGGAAAUAUUACUGAUGAUAUCCAUAUAUAACGGGACCACAUGCAGUAUUCAAAAUAUAAUUAAUACAUUCUUACGACAUUCAUAACAAUAGUCUUUAUUCUAUUCUGUAACUCAAAGUUUAUGUGAUGAAAUUUCAGCAUACAUGAAGAAAUAAAACAAAAA